GACUUCUGGACGCCUAUGCACAUUGCGUGUGCGUGCGAUAACCCCGACAUCGUCCUGCUUCUGGUGUUAGCUGGAGCCAAUGUCCUCCUCCAAGACGUUAAUGGGAAUAUUCCACUGGACUAUGCCAUGGAGGGGACCGAAUCCAGCUCUAUCCUGCUGACCUAUUUGGAUGAGAACGGAGUGGACCUGACCUCACUCCACCAGAUGAAGCUGCAGAGACCCCUGAGUAUGUUAACAGAUGUCAGACACUUCUUAUCAUCUGGAGGAAAUGUUAAUGAGAAAAACGAUGAAGGAGUAACUCUGUUACACAUGGCGUGUGCAAGUGGCUACAAGGAGGUGGUCUCUCUUAUCCUGGAGCACGGUGGAGACCUCAAUAUUGUAGAUGACCAGUACUGGACUCCCCUUCACUUAGCAGCCAAGUAUGGCCAGACAAACCUGGUGAAACUUCUGCUGAUGCAUCAGGCAAACCCAAACCUCGUGAACUGCAAUGAAGAGAAGCCAUCAGGAAAGAAUAAUCACAGUAUUGAUUUCUUUUCCUGCAGCAGUCCCCUGGUGUUACCAAUUGCCAAGCAAGAUAGUUUGUUGGAAAAAGACAUUAUGUUCAAAGACGCAACCAAAGGUCCCUGUCAGCAGCAGCCCCUGGACGGCGCGCCUGAGAGCCCCCCAGUGAGCAGCUCCACCAGGCCUGAGCAGGUCAAGCUAAUGCCUCCUGCUCCCAACGACGACCUGGCGACCCUCAGUGAGCUCAACGACGGCAGCCUGCUUUAUGAGAUCCAGAAGCGCUUCGGGAACGAUCAGAUACACACGUUUAUUGGGGACAUCCUCUUGCUUGUUAAUCCAUUCAAGGAGCUUCCCAUUUACUCUCCUAUGGUCUCCCAGCUGUACUUCAGCACCUCAGGGAAGCUGCCGUCCUCCCUGCCCCCCCACCUCUUCUCCUGUGCGGAGAGAGCUUUCCAUCGGCUCUUCCAGGAGCUGCGGCCUCAGUGUUUCAUUCUCAGUGGAGAAAGAGGAUCGGGAAAGACAGAAGUCAUGUGCAUCUUAGAAGCCUUUGGACAUGCCAAGACAACACUUAAUGAUUUGUCCAGUUGCUUCAUAAAAUAUUUUGAACUACAGUUCUGUGAGAGGACCAGACAUAUAACUGGAGCCAGAAUUUAUACGUAUAUGCUAGAGAAAUCCAGACUCAUCUCACAGCCUCUUGGCCAGAGCAAUUUUCUCAUUUUCUACUUGUUAAUGGAUGGGUUAUCUGCUGAAGAAAAAUACGGCCUUCACCUUAAUAACGUGUGUGCCCACCGGUAUUUGAACCAGACCAUGCGGGAAGAUAUCUUAACAGCAGAGCAUUCUCUGAACAGAGAGAAAUUAGCUGUUUUGAAACAAGCCCUGAAUGUAGUUGGCUUCAGCAAUUUGGAGGUGGAGAACCUGUUUGUAAUUCUAGCAGCAAUAUUACACAUCGGAGACAUCAGGUUUACUGCCCUGACUGACGCCGACUCUGCCUUUGUCUCUGACCUCCAGCUUCUAGAGCAAGUGGCUGUAAUGUUACAAGUAUCAGCAGAUGAAUUGGCUUCUGCCUUAACAACUGAUAUCCAGUAUUUUAAAGGUGACAUGCUCAUCCGACGACACACUAUACGGAUUGCUGAGUUUUACAGAGACCUCUUGGCCAAAUCCUUGUACAGUCGUCUGUUCAGCUUUCUGGUGAAUGCCGUGAACUGCUGUCUGCACAGUCAGGAUGAACACAGGAGCAUGCAGACAUUGGAUAUUGGAAUAUUGGAUAUCUUUGGUUUUGAAGAAUUUCAAAAGAAUGAAUUUGAACAACUCUGUGUCAACAUGACCAAUGAGAAGAUGCACCAUUAUAUCAAUGAAGUGCUUUUUCUACACGAGCAAGCAGAGUGUAUACAAGAGGGAGUUGCCAUGGAAACAGCAUAUUCUCCUGGUAACCAGACUGGAGUUUUGGAUUUUUUUUUCCAGAAGCCGUCGGGAUUUUUGUCUCUAUUGGAUGAAGAAAGCCAAAUGAUUUGGCCAAUGGAAACAAACCUCCCCAAAAAGCUGCAAAGCCUCCUGGAAUCAUCAAACACCAAUGCAGUCUACUCCCCCACGAAGGACGGGAACGGGAAUGUCGCCCUCAGAGAUCAAAGCACGGCGUUCACCGUCAUGCACUACGCAGGAAGGGUAAUGUAUGACAUUGUUGGAGCAAUUGAAAAAAAUAAAGACUCCCUUUCACAGAAUCUGCUAUUUGUAAUGAAAACUAGUGAAAAUGUCGUGAUCAAUCAUUUGUUCCAGUCGAAAUUGUCACAAACAGGAUCCCUCAUAUCUUCCUACCCUUCCCUUAAAUUCCGAGGACAUAGAGCCGCCCUGCUCAGUAAGAAAAUGACUGCGUCUUCAGUUAUCGGAGAAAACAAGAAUUACCUAGAACUUAGUAAGUUAUUAAAAAAGAAAGGGACUUCCACAUUUCUUCAAAGACUGGAACGCGGGGACCCAGUAACCAUCGCGUCACAGCUCAGGAAAUCACUCGCGGAUAUUACUGGGAAACUUCAGAAGUGCACUCCGCAUUUUAUUCAUUGCAUCAGGCCCAACAACUCAAAGCUGCCAGAUACUUUCGAUAAUUUUUAUGUGUCUGCUCAGCUACAAUACAUUGGGGUCCUGGAGAUGGUGAAGAUCUUCCGGUAUGGAUACCCCGUCCGCCUUCCCUUCUCGGAUUUCCUCUCAAGAUACAAGCCACUGGCGGUGACGUCGCUGUGUGAGAAGAAGGAGCCGUCUGCCGAGGGGAGAUGUCGGCUCGUCCUCCAGCAGUGUGAACUGCAAGGCUGGCAGAUGGGAGUCCGAAAAGUGUUUCUAAAAUACUGGCAUGCUGACCAGCUCAAUGAUUUGUGUCUACAGUUGCUGAGAAAAAUUAUAACCUGCCAAAAAGUUAUCAGAGGGUUCUUAGCCCGCCAGCACUUGCUGCAGAGGAUGAGCGUCAAACUGCAAGAGGUCACCUCCAUCAACAGCUUCUUACAGCACACGGAGGACGUGGGGCUGAAAACCUAUGAUGCCCUGGUCAUCCAGAAUGCUUCAGACAUCGCCCGGGAAAACGACAGGCUCCGUGAUGAAAUGAACGCCACCUCCCACAAAGAGAAGUCCGAGGGCAGGAGCAAGCAGGAGGAAGGACCCAGGAGAGCUGAAGACCAGGGUGGACCCCGGAACUCCCAUUCCAGCCCCAUUGUGCUCUCCCUGGCUGUGGACGCCCUGGGCCCGUCCAUCUGGUCUCCCUCGCUGCAUGCGGUGUUCAGCAUGGAUGACAGCAGCAGCCUCCCAUCACCACGGAAGCAGCCUCCACCCAAGCCCAAGAGAGACCCCAACACCCGGCUGAGUGCCUCCUACGAGGCUGUGAGCGCCUGCCUCUCCGCAGCGGCCAAGGAGGCUGCCCAGGAAGCUCUGACCCGGCCCAGGCCGCACAGCGAUGACUACAGUGCAGUGAAGAAGAUCCCUCCCCGAAAGCCCAAGCGCAGCCCUGACACCAAGCUGAGCGGCUCCUACGAGGAGAUCCCGGGGCCUCCCCGGCGUGCCCCAGGCCCCGCCACGCUGCAGGCCACCGAGGAUGAGGCUGAGCCCGUGUACAUCGAGAUGCUGGGCCAUGCGGGGCGGCCCGGCGGCCCCGAGCCCGACAGCCCUGACCAGGGCGAGGCGGUGUAUGAGGAGAUGACCUUCCUCCCGGCCGAGGACGCCGGCCUGGGCACCGUCUGCCGCGCGUCCGCAUCGCCUCCCUUGUGGCCCGAGAGGAGGAGACCCACGCCCCUGGAGGACUGGGCGCCCGGUGGCCUGACCGCAGGGUCCUCCGGGGACGCGUGGGACAUCCCGGCGCCCUUCCCCAACCUGCUGCCGCAUCGGCCCCCACUGCUGGUGUUCCCCCCGACGCCCGCCACCUGCUCCCCGGCCUCAGACGAGUCUCCUCUGACGCCCCUGGAGGUGAAAAAGCUGCCGGUCCUGGAAACCAACCUCAAAUACCCUGUCCAGCCCGAGGGUUCCAGCCCCUUGUCUCCACAGUAUCCCAAAAACCCGAAAGGGGAUGGUGGCAGGCCCGCGUCCCCGGGCUCCGCGACGCUUAACGGGCCCAGCAGAGUCUCCCCACCGCCUACGCCCCCUCCUCUCCCGCCACCGCCUCCCGGGCCGCCCCCCACCUCGCACCUGCCCUCCUCGAAUUUCUCCUUCCCGCCAGAGAUGGUUGUGGUUCACACCGGAAAGGCGAUGGCAAACUCAGAUCUGGCCAAAACCCAUCAAAAGCCGAACUCUGCCCCGGUGGGUGGUCCAUGCAGCACCUUCUCCAAGAUCCCACAUUCCCCGGGGAAAGCCGCCAGGGCCGAGCCCAGGAAGGCGAGCACCCCGGCCGGCUCCCCAGUGCCCUACAGCCCCCCGAGCUCCAGGCCUCUCAACAGCCCCCUGGACGAGCUAACCAGCCUCUUUAACUCUGGGAGGAGCGUGCUUCGGAAGUCUGCCGCGGGAAGGAAAAUCAGGGAAGCCGAAGGUUUUGAAACUAACAUGAACCUAACUAGCAGGGAUGAUCCCCGUACAUCAGAAAUUGCAUCAGAGACUCAAGAUAGGAAUGCAAAUAACCAUGGAAUUCAAUUAUCUAAUGCACUAUCUAGUGCCAUAACUGCUGAAAAUGGAAAUUCUGUCUCCAAUGGUUUACCUGAAGAACAAAGGUACUCCAAGCUGUCUGUGGGGGGCACAGCCAUGUCAUCAUUUCAGAGACACAGGGAGAGCCACACCACUCAGGUCAUCCACCAGCUGAGGCUCUCUGAGAACGAAAGUGUAGCCCUGCAGGAGCUGCUGGACUGGAGGCGGCAGCUCUGCGAGGAGAGGCAAGGUUGGCAGCAGCUCCUGAGCCACGCCGAGCCCAGGGUGCCACCCCCGCCGCCCUGCAAAAAGCCCACCAUGCUGAAGAAGCCCGAGGGAGCCGCCUGCAACCGGCUGCCUUCUGAGCUCUGGGAUAGUGGCAUGUGA